UGAGCAGCCACAGGUGUAACGUACCAUUUCUCGGUCAAUAAUAAGAGAUCAUGGUAGUUUGGCGUGUAAUAGGCCUAUACACCUGAUCGCACAUGAUCCACCAAAGAUAUAAUGUUUCUAGGAUUACGAAAUGAGCCGACAAUCAAACAAUUUGGCUGAAAUCAUGUGCCCGUCAUGAGUAGUCAAUCUGACGUCUGUACCGAAAUAACAGAAUGUUUGAGGAAUGUGGCCGAGGAAGCACGAGAACUGUACCUGGAUAAACAAGUGUCCGUCCUCAGCGCCCCCGUGUCCCCACUGACCUUCUACAGGCAGUAUGUGGCUCCCAAUAAACCAGUUGUUGUGGAGGGCGCCAUCCGGCACUGGUCAGCUCUACAACAAUGGGAUGAAUCUUAUUUUAGGAAGAAGAUCGGCGAUGUGAAGGUAUCGGUGACCGUCACGCCUAAUGGAUAUGCCGACGCUGUAACAGAGGGCAAGUUUGUGAUGCCGGAUGAAAGAAAGAUGUCGAUGUCUGAAUUCCUGGAUAAUUUGGAAAGACCGGACGAUCACAGGGUGUUCUAUAUACAGAAACAGAACUCCAACCUUACCGAGGAGUUCUCGAGCAUCAUUAGUGACGUAGACAGUCAUAUAGACUGGGGCACGGAGGCGUUCGGACAACCACCUGAUGCUGUCAAUUUUUGGAUGGGCGAUGGCAGAGCUGUGACCUCAAUGCACAGAGACCACUACGAAAACCUGUACUGUGUGAUAAGGGGAUGGAAAAAGUUUAUCCUCAUACCCCCUACCGAACUCGCUCAUGUCCCGUAUGAAUUAUAUCAAAGUGCUUAUUACCGAGAGAAAGACAAAGGUGGAUUUGAAAUCGUAGACGAUGAGGCAACAGGCAAGGUGCCCUGGGUGGCGAUUGAUCCCCUGAGUCCCGACCUUGAUCGCUACCCCCAGUAUCGACAUACACGACCCAUGGAGGUGACAGUACAUGCCGGUCAGACGCUGUACCUGCCCUCACUAUGGUUUCACCAUGUCAGCCAAUCACACGGCUGCAUUGCAGUGAACUUCUGGUACGACAUGCAGUAUGAUAUCAAGUAUAACUACUACAAGUUCCUGGAGAGUGUAAGCAAGGUCGUGUCUGCAGAGAAGCAGUGAUUCUGUCAAUUCAUUCGAGAAUGAAUGAGAAAACAUACAAGAAACAUUGAUUAUUGUCCGGAAACAGCGACCCUACUAGAUCCUGGAGAAUGUAAACAACAUGGUGUCUGCAAAACAAAAACAAGAUAAACAAUAAUGAUCCAGCAAAUUCCAAGAGAGUGUGAACGAUAUUGAGUUUGCAAGACAAUGAUCCUGAAAAUUCUAGGAGAGUGUGAACAAUAUUGAGUUUGCAAGACAAUGAUUCUGAAAAUUCUAGGAGAGUGUGAACAAUAUUGUGUCUAAAGAAACUCCGUUAUCCCGCAAGUGCCUAGAGAUUGUGAGUAAUAUUGAGUCUGCAAACAAACUGAUCAAACCAGUUCAAGAAAAGAGUUACCAAUACUGUAUCCGUAAACAAACGGUCCUAAGAGUUACUUAUACUGUAUCCGUCAACAAAUCUGUCUGCAAACAAACUCUCCAAUAUUGUACAUUGUUACCAAUACUAAGUAUAUGAAGCCAACUAUAUAUACUAGUAUAUAAUCAUAUAUAUUAUUGUAAGGUGUUGAGGAAUGUUACGUAAACAAACAAGUUUCUCCCAGAAAAAUAUCCAGACAUGGAAUCAGAUCCGUGGCGUUUAAAUUAUAACCUUACAACAAAUGCAUUUAUUCGCGCCGAAGCAUGUCUAACAAAUGCGAACAUACAUGUAUAAACUGUAAUAUCUGUCACUCCUUACGAUACGCAGUAAAUAUACGCUAGUGAGAAUAUAACUUAUAAUAUUAUAAUUAACUGAUUGAUUGAGUUUGGAAAAAUAUUAUAUGGUAAUCAUGAUAAAGUUAGGGUCUGUUUUAUUGAAAUAAAUGAUAAAAACAAUUGAACGUCUUGUAUGGAUUGUGUGGUCAAAAUAUCCGGUGUCCGUUUACAUGUAGGUUUAUCCAGCACAACCGGUAGACUGUUUAUGUGUAACGUUUCCGUGACUAGUACGAUAUGUAUUGUGUGUGCUUUUUCAAAACAAAACAUUUUUAUCUUGUGGAGGUUACAGAGUACAUAUUCUUCUAAACAUAAGCAAUCUAUACGUAUACCUGACCUGAUGUAGACCGUAUCCUGAAUGUAGUAUCUGCUAUUAUCCUGUUAUUUUCCUUUCAUCGGAAAUUGAUUAAUCUUCUACUUCUAGUUCACAAUACACCGGAUACAUUUUGCUAGACUGAAGGUUAUACGCUCACAUCGGACAUCGUGAGUAAUACACCUUAGUAAGAAAUUACCUAUAUCCACUCUUCCUUUUGUCGAGUAUUUUAAUAUUUUAAUUUUUAUGUUUGUACAUAGAUACAAACGGCGAUCACUUCAAUUGAAGUCGAUACACAGAUCCUUCUGUUAUCCUUAUGAAUUACAAAGAUAUGAUGAGAGUACCCAAAAUGGAACACUUUUAAUAUAUAUGA